AUGUAUAAAGUGGUGGCGAAGUUACUAUCCAACAUAAUCAAGCCUUCUCUUGAUAGCUUCAUAUCUUGGUCUCAAACUGCAUUCGUUCCGGGAAGACAAAUUCUUGAAAAUAUUGUUAUUGCCAAAGAGCUUCUUCAUUCCAUGAAUAACUCCUCUGCCAAGGAUGGUUACUUUGCUCUAACAGUAGACAUGGCAAAAGCUUAUGAUCGGGUAAACUGGAAGUUUCUGUAUGAUAUGCUAACUUUGAUGGGAGUUCAUGGCCAUUCUCUUUCACUCAUCAUGAAGUGUGUAACAUCUGUUUCCUUCUCCAUUAACUUAAAUGGAGGCCCUCACGGAUUAUUUAGAAGUGAAAGAGGUAUGGUGAUCAAAAAAGCGCAUAUUGAUUAUAAUGAUUGUAUUCGGGAUAAUCCGAGAUUUUCUCUUGAAGAAACAAUCACAGAUGUUGUUUCUUGGCAACCUCCAGAAUACGAUUACUGCAAAGUCAAUGUGGACGCAGCUUUUACUCCUAAUAAAUGA